AUGAUUCCUGCACUUUGGCUGUGCAGCUUGGUGCUUCUUUUGCCUACAGAGUCGGGCAGGAUAUUGUGCCAGGCCACCAGCCAAAGCAAGGAGAAUCUGAUGUCCAGGACACAUGCUGUAUGUGAUGGUGCCUGUAAGAAGAACGAGAACCCCUGCUUUCAGUCAUGCCCCCCUCACAGUGAGGGCAACAUAGAAUUUGCCUGUAAGGCCAGGAAAUGGCACAAAGUCACCGAAACUUGCCACACCCUUAAUGUCCUCAGCAUCUUGGAGGAGGAUAUAGAAUUAUAUUCACUUCAACAAGCAGAAUCAACUAUACGUGACUUUCAUAGACAACCUGAAACCAUAACAGAUAUAUUGAUGCAAAAAUGUCCAGAAGAUUUGUCUUGUGUGAUCCAAAGCAUUCAGAAGUCUCCCCAGUUACCGGGAAAUAUUGCUGUUGUGGUUCAGCUCUUACAUAACAUCUCAACAGCUCUAUCCAAAGAUGUUGAUGAGGAAAAGAUGUGGAGUUACAGUGCCAUGGCUAACCACAUUCUUAACAGCACCAGCGUAUCAAAUUGGACCUUCGUCCAAGACAGAAACAGCAGCUUCAUCUUGCUUCAAUCAAUCAAUUCAUUUGCAAGCAAGCUAUUUCUGAAGGAACAUCUCCUCAACAUAUCACAUGACUUCAUCCAUACCAUGGGUACCGUCAUGUCCAGGGGCAAUCCUGGGAAGAAUUUUACAUUCUCAAUGCGAAUUAAUGACACGAGCGAUGAGGUCACGGGGAGGGUACUGCUCGCUGCUGAAGAGCUUCAGAAAGUACCUUCUUCUUUCCAGGUCAUCAGCAUUGCUUUUCCAACCCUUGGGGCCAUCCUGGAGGCCAGUCUUUUUGAAACCGUGACCGUGAAUGGGCUUGUCCUGUCUGUCAUUUUGCCUAAGGAGCUUAAAAAAAUCUCACUGAUAUUUGAAAAAAUCAGAAAAUCAGAAGAAAGGAAGUCCCGGUGUGUGGGCUGGCACUCCCUGGAGAGCAGAUGGGACCAACGCGCUUGUAAAAUGAUUCACGAAAACUCCCAGCAAGCUGUUUGCAGUUGUUGGCCAAACAAGUCAUUUACCUCUUUCUCCAUUCUCAUGUCACUCGACACCUUGGAUAGCCCGGUUCUAAUUUAUAUCACCUACGUAGGCCUGGGCAUUUCCACCUGCAGCUUGGUCAUCUGCCUGUGCAUUGAGAUCUUGGUCUGGAGCCAAGUGACGAAGACGGAGAUCUCGUAUUUACGCCAUCUGUGCAUCGCCAACAUCGCUGCCACCUUGCUGAUGGCUGACGUGUGGUUCAUUGUGGCUUCGUUCCUCAGUGGCCCAAUAUUACACCACAACGGCUGUGUGACCGCAACAUUUUUUGUUCAUUUCUUUUACCUGUCUGUGUUUUUCUGGAUGUUUGCCAAGGCUAUCCUCAUCCUCUACGGAAUUCUGAUCGUGUUCCAUACACUACCCAAGUCAUGCCUGGUGGCCUCUCUCUUUUCCGUGGGCUAUGGGUGCCCCCUGCUUAUCGCUGUUACCACGCUUGCUGUUACAGAGCCUCGGAAAGGCUACCUCCGGCCUGAGGCCUGCUGGCUUAACUGGGACCUGACCAAGGCUCUCCUGGCUUUUGUGGUCCCAGCUCUGGCCAUCGUGGUGGUAAACCUUAUUACAGUCACACUGGUCAUCAUCAAGACGCAGAGAGCCACCAUUGGCAGCUCCAUGUUCCAGGAAGUAAGAGCCAUCGUGCGGAUCUGUAAGAACAUCGCCAUCCUCACGCCACUGCUGGGGCUGACCUGGGGCUUCGGAGUAGCCACGGUCGUUGAUGGUCGUUCCCUGGCCUUCCACAUCAUCUUCUCCUUACUCAAUGCUCUGCAGGUAAGUCCAGAUGCUGUGAUGGAGUCUGAAUAG